UACCAUUUUCUCCUACGACCUGAACAUAACACACUCGUGCGAACCUGCUGACGUCAAACCUACGUGCGGGAUGGUAGUCUACGUAGCCGGCCGGCUAACUACUUCCUCCAUCAGUUUUUAUCUGCGUGUGACCUGAGGCUGUAAAGGCUCCCACACAAGUCCGAAUAAUUCCUUGAUUGGCGAUUCAAAUAGCGACACACUCCCUAAACAAUCAAGAUGUCUUCUUAUGAUGAGAAUGAGUCAAAGUUCCUUCGUAAGGCAAAGGAGAAUCCAUUUGUCCCAGUGGGAAUGGCUGGAUUCUUUGCCAUUGUGGGGUACAGACUACUGAAAAUGAAAAGUCGGGGAGACACAAAAAUGUCAGUUCACCUGAUUCACAUGCGUGUAGCUGCCCAAGGCUUUGUGGUUGGAGCCAUGACUGUCGGGGUCCUGUAUUCAAUGUACAAAGAGUACAUUGUAAAACCCAGAGAAGAACAGAAAGCAGUGCAACACAAGUGAACAUGGGCUGACAUUUUAUGCUUCUUAAUAUUACCUCAUAUUAAGGUGUAGAGGUUUAUUUUUUACAGAUGUGUUAUAAUUAUUGUAUGCACACAUCUACUGUUAACUUAUUGAUUACACUUCCUAUCGUCUGAGUACUGUACCAGAAGGUCAAGUUAUCACUUCUGUACUGGGGAGGAGGUGAAUGCUCCAGCUGUUUUAACACUCUGUUUGCAUCUGGGAACUCAGCUGGUUUGAUAACUAUGCCAACUGGUGACGGGACUUACAGAGUUUUGUUGCCUCUUAUUUAAAAGGUGUGUGUGAGUGAAUUAUCAAAAACUAUAACAUCUAGUAAAUCACUUAAAAACAGCGAGACUAGGCUAAGCCUAGAUUUCGAAAUUAACCACCAAGCACAGGUAGACUGAACUUAUUUCUUCUUUUUACUGUGUUUAUUUUAUUGUCUCACACCAGCUAUACUUUUUGAUGUAUUAAUGUAGUUUUUUUUUUUGCCAAAUGGAAAAUAUUUGCACCUUAGCCCACUUUUUUCUUCUUCAUGGGCAUCCCAGUGCAUUAGGCGUGUGUUUUGGAAGACUUUGACAACGUGUGGUUUAAAGACUAGGACUGUGCUGUCACAUUAUUUAAACAAUGACCCAAAUGGUUUGUGACCCACCACAGUAUUAGGUAAUUACACACAACAAAUAUAUAAAAUAAUCCCAUGGACAU